UUGAAGAUUACACAAAUGCGGCAAUUAUCAGCAAAGUUGCCUAAAUCUGACAAAGCUGACAGCUCAUUUUUAUUUGUUGAACUUAUUCCAUAGUUUCUGUGGUGAGUUUUGCAAAAAUGCUAACAUUUUUCUAAUUGGUAACCUUUUUGGGUAAAAUCUUUUUAUUUUAAUCUUCAGUUUUUCUGCUCCAGCAACUUAAGUCUUGUUCCUAAAAUGCACAGCUUUUAACUUUUUCCAUUCACGGUGUUGUUUCCACUAAUUACAUUUUGUGUCCUCUGCAUGAGUUUGCGCACGGUGCUCUGUGUGCCAAGAUGUGUGAGUGGGGGAGUGCAGGCAGUCAUUUUUUCCUGUGCUCCUCAGGGGUCUCCUUCUCUAGCUAUAUAAGGCUCUCCGAUCUGCACAGGAGUUACACAGUCCUUGUGAGCCUGAAGAACACCACCAGAAUUCAGCAGCAGCAGCCCAGUCCGCCCAAAAGGAAAUUUAAAAAAACAGUCUCUUCAAAAAAAAAAAAAAAACUGCUAAGAAAUCCUCACACAGCUGGACACUGACUGGAAAACAGAGGUUGUGUUUGAGACUAUAAGCAGCAGCUUGCACACUGAAAAAGAGCCAUCAUGGAAGGAACUCAGAGCUGGAGUGUCACAAUGACCUGCUUUUCUGCUCACCGACUGCUCAUCCUCUCGCUCCUGCUGCUCUGUGUCACAAACUCUUCCUCGCUCCUCAUGCCCGACUCCAAAGAGCUGAGGGAGCUGCUGAGUCGCUAUGAGCAAGACGCAGGCAAGAAAGGCGCCAGUGAUGCAGCAGCCAACAGGAGCCGGCGAGCCAUUCUCUGGUCUGACCGUGAAGAGAUUCUUCUGCUGCACAACAAGCUGAGAAGCAGUGUUUACCCUUCUGCAGCAAACAUGGAGCACAUGGUCUGGGAUGAUGAGUUGGAGCGCUCUGCCACUCAGUGGGCAGAGGAGUGUCGGUGGGAGCAUGGACCUCAGGAUCUGCUCAUGUCUAUUGGACAAAACCUGGCAGUUCACUGGGGCAGAUACCGUUCGCCUGCCUUCCAUGUUCAGGCCUGGUAUGAUGAAGUCAAAGAUUACACCUAUCCAUACCCUAGUGAGUGCAACCCCUGGUGUCCAGAGCGCUGCUCCGGGCCCAUGUGCACACAUUAUACUCAGCUCGUCUGGGCAACCACUAACCGAGUGGGGUGUGCCGUGCAUGUGUGUCCAAAGAUGAACGUGUGGGGAGAAAUAUGGGAGACCGCUGUUUACCUUGUGUGCAACUAUUCCCCAAAGGGAAACUGGAUUGGGGAGGCCCCAUACCGGCACGGCCGCCCCUGUUCCCAGUGCCCUCCCAGCUUUGGAGGAGGAUGUCGGAAUAAUUUGUGCUACAAAGACUCCCAGCAUUCAGAAACUGCAGACAUGAACGAGGUAGAGAAGCCUCAGGUACUGCUGCCUCCUCGCACCACCCCGAGACCGGCCCCAAAAGCUCCCAGGAAGUCUGCGUCCAAACGCCCCACAACAAGGCCUCACACACCCAGAGCGCCGGCUGCAAAGCCUUCCAGCAGAACUUUCCUUGCUCAUAACAUCAAGUGUGACACUAAACUGCGUGAUAAGUGCAAAGGAUCAACUUGCAACAGACACAAGUGUCCAGCUCACUGUCUGCAUGCAAAAGGAAACGUUUGGGGAACGGUCUCUUAUGAUGCUCAAUCAAGUAUUUGCCGUGCUGCUAUUCAUGCUGGUGUCAUUGACAACAAUGGAGGACUGGUCGACAUCACAAGGACAGAAAAGUCUCCGUUCUUUGUCAGAUCCACAAAAAAUGGAAUUGAAUCGCUCAGUAAAUACAAACCAGCUAAUUCCUUUAUCGUGAGCAAAGUGGAAGAAUAUACGGCUGACUGCUACACCACUGUGGCUGAAAUCUGCCCUUUCAAAAGACCCUCCUCACACUGUCCAAGAGUUUUCUGUCCAGCAAACUGCAAGACACAGCCUUCUUACUGGUCUCCUGUUAUUGGAAGCAACGUUUAUGCAGAUAACUCCAGUAUUUGUAAAGCAGCCAUCCAUGCAGGGGUGAUCAAAGCUUCUGGUGGUUUGGUUGAUGUUCUGCCGCUAGAAAGGAGAAAGAGCUAUGCUGGAGUCCUGAAGAACGGCAUCCAGUCUGAAAGCAAAAGCAACAUGGAGGGAGGCUCGUUUCGACUCUUUGCUGUGAGGGUGGGAUUCAUCUGAAACCUGCGGGCAGGAUGGUCGGAUGUAGUGACGUUCAUCCUUCUGUGGCUUUAGUCAACUCCCCAUGGAUUCCUCUGACUCAUUGCUCAUUAGUUUGACACUUUGGCCCCAUGACAGUUCUUCAGUUUUGUCCGCUCAUCUUUCUGCAGAUUUUAAUAAUAUAAAAGUUUAAAAAAUAUAUAUAUAUACACAUUAUAGUGAGUUGAACAGCUGGUGCUGGGAAUGAGAUAAGAUCCAUCAUGUUUACACUGAUAUUCUCCUGUUAUUAUGUGGUUUACAUACAUGCGAAUGUAUACUUAUAACACUGUAUUUAAUCACAAUGUACAGAGCAUUUAUAUUUCGCUUUGAAAAGGAAUUAUAGGAUAUCAACAGGUUUGUUUUGUUCACAUUUGUCCUAAGUUUCUUUUUUCUUACCCAGUGAAGAUGUACCCUCUCCAUUUUUGACUGUGAAGCCCCUUCAAAUAGCUAAUAAACAUUUGAUCAUCUACCGGUAAGCUUUUCUAAUGAGAAAAGAGCUUUUGUUGGGUGGUCAGAAAGAAGUGAUCAGUGAGGGUUUGGAGGGGUUUCGGCCGCAGAACUGAGGAGGAGAAGCAUUUGUCUGAUGAGAAAAGCAGAGUUAAGUAAGUGUUGAUGGUGAUGGGGUCUUAGAAAAACAGCAGCCUCAUAGCAGCCGGUCCCUCAAGGUUAAAGAAGUAAAAUCCAUUUUUUAAACAAGUAUUUCUGCUUUCUGCUUUCUGCUUUUUUCCUUUGACUUGUUUUCUUUUACUCUCGUCUAUAGAAAAGCAGCGUUGCCCUCCCCCCCCAUCCUAGACUGUUGAAUGUGUUGCAUUUUUUCCCUCAUGAAAAGUUUUUUUUUAUAUUUGAGGUUAAAUAUCAUUAAAAUUAGGGUUGGUAAACUGCAAUUUGUGCACUUUGGAGAAAAUAUGAAACUUCAGCAUCGCUCUGCACAGCUUCAGACACAAUACUAUUUCUGUUUACACGUAAACAAUCCGCAACUGCUGUGUCAGAAAACAAGACUUUUUUCCUAAUCAAAAUAAGAGAUAAAAGUAUUUUUUGCUUUUCCAAGACUAAUAUGUUAAUUUCAAGCCAGAAUGCCAGGAUAUUUUAAGUUUUGUCAAAUUUUCUAAGCAUACAGGACAGUUCAAAAACGUGUAAUAAAUAAAUCAAUGAAAACUCAAAAAGCCAAACAGAAGUCUAUCCAACCUUCCUAAUUAUUUUCUACCUCAGUCUUGUCCCUAUGCUCAGCAGACACAGCCUUUUCUAUUGUUUGUUCUAUUGGGAAUGCUAAAAAAUGUUCCUUUUGUUAAUGUAAAUAAAUAUGUUGUUGUUUUUAAAUGAUCCCUAAGUAAAAAUGAUGUGAACAUGUGAAUUUGCUUCUGUUGUGUUUAUAAAUCUAUAUAUAUAUUUUUUUUCUUUUAACAAAUAUAGGAUGUGUUUGUACUUUUUUGCACUACAUGGAAGUAAAGUAUUUUACAUACAUUUCAA